AUGGCGCCUCUGUCGAUACUGUCGCUUCCUCUCCUUGUUAGAGCUGUUUCGGCUGUGACGCUCUCAGUUGCCAGCUCCGGUGGCAAUGAGACUUCGGGCUAUCAAUAUGGUCUCAUGUUUGAGGACAUUAACCACAGUGGUGAUGGGGGAAUUUAUGCCGAAUUAAUUCAGAACAGGGCUUUUCAAGGCUCGGACCUUCACCCAUCAACACUAGAUCCGUGGACAGCAGUUGGCUCUGCCUCGAUCGCCUUGGACAACAGCUCCAGCCCUCUCUCGUCUGCGCUUCCAACAUCGAUCCAAGUAACUGCCUCAGCCGAUGGCACCGUAGGGAUCAAAAACCCUGGUUGGUGGGGAAUCGACGUCAAAGCCGCGAACACCUAUUCUGGCAGCUUCUACGCCCUCGGAUCAUACCAGGGCAAUUUCACCGCAAGCCUCGUCUCGGACAUCACCAACGAGACGCUCGCCUCGGCAACUGUCGCCUCCUCGUCUGUCGCAAACACGUGGAUCGAGCACAGUUUCGAGCUUCAGCCCUCGGCGGACGCAUCCAGCAGCAACAACAGCUUCCUGCUGACAUACGAGGCCGCAUCCGGCGACGUUCUCAAUUUCAACUUGAUUAGCCUCUUCCCUCCCACGUAUAAGGAUACCCCGAAUGGUAAUCGCGAGGACCUGAUGGAAGCCCUGGCAGGGCUCAACGCGAAGUACUUCCGUAUCCCCGGCGGAAACAACAUAGAAGGUGAAUCAGCGGGCUUGCAAUGGAAUUGGACGAAGACGGUCGGGAACCUCACCGAGCGCCCUGGCCGGCCCGGUGAUUGGGGUUACGAGAACACAGAUGGUCUUGGCCUUGUCGAGUACAUGCUCUGGUGUCAAGACCUUGGCCUUGAACCCGUCCUUGCCAUCUUCGCAGGCUACUGGCUGGAUGAGACUGCCGCCUCGGAAGCCGAGCUGCAACAAUACGUCGACAGCGCGCUCAACGAGCUCGAGUUCCUGAUGGGCGACUCAUCGACUACCUGGGGCGCGCAGCGCAUCGCGCUUGGCUACACGGAGCCGUUCCCCAUCCACUACGUAGAGAUCGGCAACGAGGAUGGCCUGUCGACGGUGGGCUUGUCGACAUAUUCAAGCUAUCGAUUUAAUGAUUUUUACAACGCGAUCACCGCCGCAUACCCGGAUAUCCUCGUCUUCAGCUCCAACACGGAUUACGUAUACAAGAGCUCCGGCCAGGACUAUCACCAGUACACGUUACCAGACCACUUCGUUAGCCAGUUCAACUACUUUGACAACUUUGCCAAUUCGUCCGGUCAUCCCAUCAUGGUCGGAGAAUUCGCUGUUGUGCAAAACAACACUGGUAACGCUGCUGAUGGUACGAACUGGAGCAAUCCCAAGAAUCUAUGGCCAUACUGGAUCGGUUCCGUCUCCGAAGCCAUCUUCCUCAUCGGCACAGAGCGCAACGCCGACCGAGUCUGGGGCGUCUCCUACGCACCGCUGCUGCAGAAUCUGAACAGCUACGAGUGGUCCCCGGACCUGAUCUCGUACACCGCCGACCCGAGCCAGACGGUCCUCAGCACGUCGUACGAGGUGCUCAAGCUCUUCGGCAACAAUGUCUUCACCUCCACACUCCCGGCCGACGAGACUUCCGGCGCCGCGUUCGGCCCGGCCUACUGGGUCGCGGGUGUCGAUAAUGCCACGAGCACGUACUACCUCAAGGCUGCUGUGUACAACAGCACCGCGGAUGUGGACUUUGACGUUUCUUUCGAGGGUCUCAGCAGUGACUCGGCGACGCUGACGGUGCUGACGGCGCCGGAUGGGUAUUCGCAUAAUGAGAUUGACAGCGAGGCCGUCACAACCACGACAUCUACUGUGUCGGCUGUCGAUGGCGUGUUCAGCUUCAGCUUGCCUGAGCUGAGCGUUGCGGUUCUUGCGGCAAAGGCUUAA